UGGUAGCAUGGGAAGCGGUCCAGGAGAGUUCUGUGGGGCUUGGGCCAUUGCUGCUCGUCAGCCUGAUGAGGUUGCAGUGACUGACGAAGAGAACGAUCGAGUUGUGAUCUGCAGCAUCAAUGGUAACCAGAAAAGCACAAUCCCGAUGGAAAGACGGCCAUGUAGCAUUGCAGCUACACGCACCGGCAAUCGCUUGGUGGUUGUGGAGGAGAACGCAUCCCGCGUGAAAGUCUUUGACAAGGACAAUACGCUGGCUUUCCAGUUCCCCACAGUGCCACCGAGUGAGGUCGGUAAGACCGCAGUGAACCUCUGGAGUGUAGCAGUCAAGACUGAUGGGACCAUUGUGGUAGGUGACAUCCGAAGAAUGGUGCUGACCGAACACAGCCCCACUGAUGGCGAACUCAGAAGCACCAUCCCAGUCAAGAUUGAACCUUGUUAUGUGGCUGUUGGCAGCAAUGAUCGAGUCGUAAUCAACGACUUCAAACAGUUAGUCGGUGUUGUUGAUGGGAAUGGUGAUACACUGUUCACCAUCAAACCUAUCAUCGAUGGUGAGGUAGUUAGGCGCUGUACUGGUGUAUGCGCAGAUAGCACAGGCAUCUAUGUUGCAAUGCAUAAUGAUGAUGACACCGGUCAUAUCCACCACUAUGACCCUCAAGGUGGCUUUCUCCACUGCAUCGCAGAGGGUCUGCACUGGCCCAUGGGAAUUACAUUCACAGCAGAUGGGCAACUGGCAGUUGGAGAGUACUACUCAGUGAAGAUUUAUGACUUUGUUUAAUGUAACACAAACAAAAUUUAUGCAGUAGCAUUAGUUGGAAAUGUUGCGGUGUGAACAACAUUGCAUUCAAUUUCAUGACUUCUUUUUUUAUAGAAAAUUAGAUCCACAAAGGUUUG